CGCAGAACGCUUUGGAAUAUCAUAUGGGGCUGCCUUGUGACAAUAUUCGCAUGCACUUGGCUCUCUGUGCAUCGGAACGUGCCAGGUCGUAAACUUACGGAAAGGGGAUGGUUCUUCAGGUCUUUGGACCGUGCAGAGACGAUGGUCAUUGCAGUUCUUGCACCUGAAGUCAUCGUUGCAUGGGCUGCGUCACAGUUAAUCGUGGCGUGGAAAAUACUCGGGCACCCAAAUCCAUCAAAGCUGACUUUGACUCAUGGAUUCUUCCUCAGCAUGGGUGGCUUUUUUUACGAGAAACCGCACGAAGGGCAGGUGAUUCUUACACUCGAAGUGUUGGAACAGAAACCGGAAUUGGUGAAGGAAUUGGAGAAGAUAGAUGAACAUACGAUCCAGGACAAGAGCAAAGGCGACGAAUUCUCCAAAGCCCUUUCCAUUCUCCAAAUAUCUUGGUUUGUUCAAGCCCAGUGCGUUGCACGAGCCAAUCAAGAUCUUGCUAUCACGCUCGUAGAAGUCACGGCGCUCGCGUUCGCAGUGCCCAGCGUUAUCGCAUCCCUCCUAUGGCUGCAAAAACCACUCAAUGUGCAAUAUCAUAUUCGUGUGGGACCGACACCAUCGGAGACAACCCUACCCACUGGUCCGAAUUAUCUCACAACCGCAUCCGCCCCUAAAGACAGCAGCACUCGCCCUACCUCAGUCCUAUCCCCGGAGAACACCGUGACUCAGACCCAGACUCAGACUGAGAACCUUUCACAGGCUCACGUGAAGACAUUUACCACUGUGCUGUUUAAUGCUGUAGCAUUUGUGCUCCAGUUGCCCAGUCAAAUAUUAGCGACUAUACUCGGUAUUUGCCACACUGAAAAUUCCAUCACUAUUGAAGAUGGCGUGCCCCGAUUCUGGUCGGGUGGCCCACUAUCUGUUAUUCCCCACAUUCGCGCACCAACAAUUGUGGCGGUGGGUGUUUUAUUUGGAGCAAUUCAUUGCGUAGCCUGGUCUUUCACCUUUCCAUCAUACACCGAAAAAGUCCUUUGGAGGUUUUCAUCAGUCGCUACAUUUUUUAUUCUUCCUGUUUUUAUGGUACUAUCAAUAUUUAUCAUCAUGCUGGGAAUAUCUGUGAUACUGCUGAUGGUCCUUGGUGUCUUGGCAUACUUUGGGGGGCGGAUUAUUUUAAUUGUCCUCGCAUUUACACAGUUGCGUUCCCUCCCGCCUUCAUCUCUGAAUACCGUACAAUGGACCACAUACAUACCUCAUUUAUAG